AUGGCGGCAGAAUCUUCGACAGCUAGGGUCACCCUGUCUUCGUGUCGGCAGAUGGGAAGGAAGGGUCGGCCCUGGGUAGCUGCUGAGGUUCAGUGCACUCGAUGUGAAAGAACGGUGACCAGAGCUUCCGGUCACCACCAUGAAUUUCAGUGUGGACAUGCUUUUUGUGAACUGUGUUUAUUAACUGAAGAAUACUGCACAAUUAUAUGCCCUGCUUGUGAGGCUGCUACAACUAUAAAUACGAGACAAGGAUACUACCCAAUAGAUAGAUAUGUUAAAGAAGGUUCUUUUAUGGACAAGCUGCAGCCUAAAAAGAUAAAGAAUUGUUCUCAGGACUUUAAAAAGACUGCUGAUCAGCUAACUAUUGGUUUAGAACAUUCACCAUCCACACACAGGACUGUUUUGAAUUCAUCAGCUGUAAUGGCGGAGACUAAAACUGCAGAAGAAAUUGAUGAAGCACUAAAGAUAGCAGGCAAUAAUUUUGAACAAUUAAGUAUUGCUGUAAAAAUGCUUGAACACAUACACAGUCAAACGGAAGAGGAGACAGUCAGUCUUUUAAAGGAUCUGGAGAAACAGUUUGAUCAGCUUUUUACUUCUCUUGAUUCUAGGAAAAAGAACUUGUGUGAAGAAGUAGUAAGAAAAACAGAUGAUUAUUUAUCAAAUGUAAUAAUGGCUAAAAACUGCAUUGAAGAAAAAAAAAAUGAUUUGAAUGCAGCUAUGAAGAUAGCAAGAGAGUUAAAGUCAGCACCUUCUCUAAGGACUUAUUGUGACCUGAAUCAGAUUAUCCGGACUUUGAAGUUAACAUUUGAGAGUGAAUUGCCACAAGUUAGUGCUCUGAAACUAAGGAAAUCUCCCAGGUUGAAUAUGAGUUGCAGUGAGAUCAUCUCUAUGUUCAACAAUAUGAUAAAGAUUGACUUUGAGGACUCAACAAAAUGUGAUCCCCAAGAAAGUGAAAUUGGCCAGAAUGUUCAGAAGAAAUAUAAUCACGAAAAGGAAUUUUCUUAUCGUGGUACAUUCCCAUCGCCAGCAAAGAAAAAGGUUGACAUGUCUGUCCCGACUAAUGAACCCCCACCACCUCCUUUGCAAUCGGAAACCAAUGAUGUGCAUUUGGAAGCAAAAAACUCCCAGCCACAGAAAGAAGUUGUUGCAACAACAUCCCCUAAAACCAUUGCUGCUCUACCCCAGAUAGGAUCUAGCCCUGAUGUGAUCAUUGAAGAAAUUAUUGAAGAAAACCUGGAAAGUUCUCCAGAGCUGGUUUUUGUAAGUCAUGUAAUACAUCCUUGCCACUUCUACAUUCGGAAGUAUUCACAAAUAAAUGAUGCAACGGUAUUGGAAAAGAUGGUAAAUCAGUUUUGCAAUAAGAGUUCACACCUUGAUUCUUCAGACAUUUUGGAGCUAGGUGCAACAAUAUUUGUCAGCAGUAUUGAAAAUGGAAUGUGGUGUCGAGGAAUUAUCACUGAAUUAAUUCCAAUAGAAAAUGAAACUAUUAAAAAACAUUGUCAUCCAACUAAAUUUUCAGUCUGUGAAGUUGCACUAAUACAAAUAUUCAUGGUGGAUUUUGGAAAUUCUGAAGUCCUAAUUGUUGCAGGAGUUGGUGAUACCCAUGUGAGAUCAGAACACAUUGCUGAGCAACAUAUAAUACUAAAUGACUUAUGUCUGGUCCUAAGGAAGUCUGAACCAUAUAUUGAAGGGCUGCUAAAAGACUUCCAACCAUUAGCACAGCCAUGCUCACUGAAGGACAUUGUUCCACAGAAUUCAAAUGAAGCUUGGGGAGAAGAAGCUAAAGUAGAAUUUUUGAAAAUGGUGAAUAACAAGGCUGUUUUAAUGAAAGUUUUUAGAGAAGAAGAUGGUGUGCUUAUUGUAGAUCUGCAGAAACCACCAACAAAUAAAAUAAGCAGUGACAUGCCUGUGUCUCUUAGAGAUGCAUUAGUUUUUAUGGAACUGGCCAGGUUUAGGUCACACUCACCAAGAAGUCAUUCUGAAAAAAAUAUGAUUUUACACUAUCAUCCACCUGUUUUGCCUAAAGAAAUGACAGAUGUUUCAGUUAUGGUUUGUCAUAUAAAUAGUCCUACUGAUUUCUAUCUUCAGUUGAUAGAGAGCCUGGAUUUUUUAUUUCUAUUAAAGACAAUUGAAGAUUUCUAUAAAAGUGAAGAUGGGGAAAAUCUGGAAAUCCUCUGUCCAGUUCAAGAUCAAGCCUGUGUAGCCAAAUUUGAAGAUGGAGUUUGGUACCGAGCAAAAGUCAUUGGAUUGCCUGGACAUCGUGAAGUUGAAGUUAAAUAUGUGGACUUUGGCAAUACUGCAAAAGUAACACUUAAAGAAAUGCGUAAAAUAAAGGAUGAAUUUCUGAAUCCCCCAGAGAAGGCAAUUAAAUGUAAGCUGGCCUAUAUUGAACCAUGUAAAGGGACGUUGCAGUGGUCCAGAAAAGCUAAAGAAAAAUUUGAAGAAAAAACUCAAGAUAAAUUUAUGACAUGUUCAGUCAUUAGAAUCCUGGAAGAUAAUGUGCUCUUGGUUGAGCUUUUCGAUUCUCUUGGUGCUCCUGGAAUGAUUCCUACUAGUAUUAAUGACGAGCUAAUCAAAGAGGGCCUAGCAUCUUAUGAAGUAGGAUACACCAUCAAAGAUAAUUCCAAAAAACAUACUGAAGUGUGGGAUCCCUCUCCAGAAGAAAUUAUUUCAAAUGAAGUAAACAAUUUAAAUUCUGUGUCUGCAAAAUCUCUACCAAAUGAGAAUCUUCAGUCACUUUACAAUAAGGAACUGCCUGUACAUAUCUGUAAUGUAAUAUCUCCUGAGAAGAUUUAUGUUCAGUGGUUAUUAACAGAAAACUUACUUAAUAGUUUAGAAGAAAAGAUGGUAGCUGCUUACGAAAACUCAAAAUGGGAACCUAUUAAAUGGGAAAAUGAUAUGCACUGUGCUGUUAAGAUUCCAGAUAACAAUCAGUGGCGAAGAGGCCAGAUCAUCAAAAUGGUUACAGACACAUUGGUAGAGGUCUUGCUGUAUGACGUGGGUGUUGAACUAGUAGUGAAUAUUAACUGUUUAAGAGAACUUCAAGAAAACCUAAAGACAAUGGGAAGAUUAUGUUUGGAAUGCUCUCUUGUUGAUAUAAGACCAACUGGUGGGAGUGACAAGUGGACAGCAACAGCUUGUGACUGUCUUUCAUUGUAUCUAACUGGAGCUGUAGCAACUAUAAUCUUACAGGUGGGCAGUGGGGAAAACAACACGACAUGGCCAUUACCUGUGAAAAUUUUUUGCAGAAAUGAAAAAGGAGAGCGUGUUGAUGUCUCUAAAUAUUUGAUUAAAAAGGGUUUAGCUUUGAGAGAAAGGAGAAUUAAUAAAUUAGAUAACAACAGUCUUUCAUUAUCUGAGAAGUCUCUGGAAAUCCCCCUGAAACAAGAAGAUUCGGUGGUUACUAAGUGUAUUAAAACUAACUUUGAUCCUGACAAAAAAGCUGCUGAUAUUAUCAGUGAACACAGGGUGUCUGUGUUUAAGGAGAACAAUCUAGAACCAAGAACCCCUGGAUGCUAUAAACCACCAGUUAUUCCUAACAUGAAAGUAUUUGAGGCAGUAGUCAGCUGCAUUGGUGAUGAUGGAACUAUAUUUGUGGUGCCUAAGUUGUCAGAAUUUGAGCUAAUAAAAAUGAUGAAUGAAAUUCAAAGUAAUUUAAAAUGCCUUGGUCUUUUGGAGCCUUAUUUCUGGAAAAAGGGAGAAGCCUGUGCAGUAAGAGGAUCAGAUACUAUGUGGUAUAGAGGCAAGGUAAUCGAAGUUGUUGGCGGCACUAUCAGGGUACAGUACUUAGAUCAUGGACUCACUGAGAAGAUCCCACAGUGCCAUCUCUACCCUAUUUUGCUAUAUCCUGACACACCCCAGUUUUGUAUUCCUUGUCAGCUCUAUCAUACCAUACCUGUUGGGAGUAUCUGGCAACCAGAUGCAAUAGAACUCCUUCAGGAACUGCUUUCAAAGAGAGAGGUGCAAAUUCACAUUAUGGAAUUACCUGAAAAUCCAUGGGGGAAAUUAUCUAUUCAUCUCUAUUUUGAUGGAAUGUCACUUUCUUACUUUAUGGCACACCAUAAUUAUUGUACUUUUGAACAUUCUGAGGCAAUAUUGAAAGAAAAACCAACAGAUUACAGUAAAAAGUAUGAGGAGAAAAGAUGGGAAAUAAGGUUUGAGGAAUUGCUUUUGUCUGAAACAGAGACCCCUAUUUUACCACCAUAUUUGCCUUCAUCUCUGCCUCCCCCAGAAGAACUCUAUGCUGUUCAAGUUAAACAUGUAGUCUCACCUAAUGAGGUGUAUAUUUGCCUUGAUUCUGUAGAAAAUUGUAAUCUCGGUAACCAGCAUAGUGACACAGAUGACAGUGGAGUCAGCUGGGAAUCUGAGUCUGAGAGCCUCAAUGAAGCUCUGCGGAGGUUCAAUACUAAUGUGGAGAACUUCCUGCCUCUGACGGACUUCAGAACAGAAAUGCCUUGCCUUGCAGAAUAUGAUGAUGGCUUAUGGUAUAGAGCAAAGAUUGUUUCCAUUAAGGAAUUUAAUCCUCUAGCCAUCCUGGUUCAAUUUGUGGAUUACGGAUCAACUGAAAAACUGACGACAAACAGACUACGUCAGAUUCCUCUUCACCUUAUGCAGUAUCCAGCCCGAGCCAUAAAGGUUCUGUUGGCAGGAUUUAAACCUCCCUUAAAAGAUUCAGGAAAGACAAGAAUACCAUAUUGUCCCAAAUGGAGCAUGGAAGCUUUGUGGGCUAUGAUAGACUGUCUUCAAGGAAAACAACUUUAUGCUUCUUCCAUGGCUCGGGCACCAGAACAAAUAGUGACAUUAUAUGAAGAUGAACAGUAUCCAGUUCAUAUGUCAUUAGUAGAAAUGGGGCUUGCAGAGCGAGAUGAAUGAUGUAAGUGUGUGACUUGUUUACCUGUAUAGUUGACGUAAAGCAGGUGACUAACACAGCCAAGAUUAAUGCUAAGUUGUCCAUAAAGGCACAUUUGGAUUUCCUUUAGGAAUGACAACAGCUCAACAAGAAUCUCUCCUAGGUUUCUUCUUCAUAGGCCCUCUCACCAUUGAGUGCCAGUAUCAGAGGUUUCUUAAGUGUAAGAAUGCUUGAAAUAGUUCUCAUGACUGUUCCUAGUACAAAGUAGUUAUGGGUGCGAAGAAAGAAGAAAAGGGGCACUAUAAAUAACUUAAGCACGUAACUGUAAUGGAAUGCUUAUAGCACUGUUGAAUAAUCAAUGUCCUAGUAACUAAGUUAUCAAAGUACUUGGGUAACCAGCUAACUUUUUGUCUUUAUCCAUUCACAUAAAGUGAUUCAGAAACUAGAUUUGAAAAUUAGCAUUAAGCAAAAGUUUAAAUCAUACACAUUUUGUUUUUCAGGUAUACAGCCCAGAAGAAAGUUUUCUGUUGUAUGUAGACCAUUUCAGGCUUGUUUUUCUUGAUUUGUUCUGCAAUAAUGCUGGCUGCUUCCCCUCCCCCCCUUAUAUGUUGAACUGUUAGGAAUUGUUUGAAAAAUAGUCAAUAAAUAUUUGCUUUCAGAUAUUUUGUAUUCCUAUAAUUCUGAAAUAUUUUAGGUCCAUGGGGGAAAACAUUUUGGUUCAUGUUAUAAUUAAUGUAUAUUCAGCUUAAGAAAUAAGACAUUAUCAGUACAGUUGUAGGCACCUGCUGUAGUACCUCUUCCUCAAUCAUUCUUUUUCCUGUAGAGGUGAAUGCUGCUGUUAAUUGGAUGUUAAUCAUUCAUUUGUUUGUUUGUGUUAGUGUUAGGGUUGGGGUUAGAGUUAGGGUUAUAGGGUUAUGGUUAUAAUAUUAGGAUUAUGGCUAUGGUUAGUGUUAUAUGAUUAGGGUCAGUGUUAUAGGGUUAGGGUUUGUGUUAGGGUUAAGUUUAUAUAAUUAACAGAGUUAGUUUUAGAGCUGGGUUAUUGGUUAAAGUUAGGGUUAUGAUUAGGUUUAGGGUUCAAACUAAUUUUAGGGUUAUAGGGUUAAGAUUAGGGAUAGGGUUUGGGGGUUUAUGUUUAGGGUUAUGAUUAGAAUUAGGUUUAGGGUUAUAAGGUAAGCUUUAGGGUUAGGGUUCUAGGGUUAAAAUUAGGGUUCUUUUUAGGGUUAGUGUUAAGGUUAUAGGGUUAAGGUUAGCAUUUGGGUUAGGGUUAGCUUUAGGGUUAUAGGGGUAGUGUUAGGAUUGGGGUUAGCGUCAGAGUAGGGUUAGGGAUUUUGGUUUUAAGCUUAGGUUUAUGGUUAGUGUUAUACGGUUAGGGUUAGAAAUACAGGGUUAGGGUUUCUAUCAGGGUUAAGUUUAUAUGGUUUGGGUUAGUGUUUGGGUUAGUGUUGGGGUUUUUGGGUUAGAGUUAAGGUUAUGAUUAGGGUUUAGUGUUUGGUAGUUUUAGGGUUAUAUGGUUGUUAGAAUUCAGGUUUGGGUCAGGGUUAGAGUUAUAGGGAUAGGGUUAAUAUUAAGGUUAGUGUUAGGGUUAUAGGGAUAGG